GAGGCUAUGGACCGACGACAUUCGGUUCUAGAAUAAAAUGCGGGGAAAGGAAAUCAUCUACAUCAUGCACGAAGCCCGAGUUCACCUCGUUGAUGUGGAGACGGGGGUGCAGCCAUCGGCGAUCCAAAGGAGCAUCAACCUCCCCCAUAGUUCCAUUCCGCAGAAGAAGAUCGAAGACGCCUCAGAGUUGAGGGCGGCGAAGGAAAGGGCAUUAAAGGUGGAGAGCAUUGCGAAGAGGGUCAUCCACGGCUGGAUUUUCAAGUCCGACAGCAAACACAAGGGGUAUCACUUGGCGUACCAGUAUGCCUUGAAUCACGCGGCGACUGACAUGGCGAGAGCAAUGUGGGCAUUGGAGGACUGGCGUUCAUUAGUCAGCCCGAUGGCGAUUCGAAACACGCUGGAGUUGGGUAUGAAGCUCCCUUUGUGGUUUGUCGGAGCGAACGUGGUGGACAGGCACCAGGACGACGAGUGCGCGGCUUACCAGGAGGCCAUCGCUCAACGUUUGGUGCGCGAUUUCACGAAUGUGGUGGAGGCGGCGCAAGCGAUGGACUCGGGGCGUGUGUCUUACGAGCACCUGAAGUCCCUGGCGAAGGCGAUGAGGUACUUGCUAGCGGCGGCGGCGUGGAUAAUGAGGAUGGUUGGGGAUGACGCAAGAUCGCACUUCGACGCCUGAGUUUUCGUGCAGUUGACGUCGAAGACCACCCUUCUUGCCGCCAUGGAUCGCCAUUUUGACUC